CGCAUUCCGUACUUUCCCAGCGUCACACACUCGGUGGGAAUGUUGACUUCAUGUAAUUUGAAGGUGUAUUAAUAAGAAGUUCCUCUAACCUCGUUGAGCCUGCUAAAUGAAAUGAUUUUGACGCCAUGGGGACAGCGCAGAGUUUCAUAGUGUCGUCGCUCACAGUCUGCUCCGUGUGUUUCCUCUAUGUUCACAUUUACUCAUCACAUAUGGCGCUUAAAAGAAGUGUCCUCGACGACCACAGUCUCCCGAGCUCCGUGUUUCUGUACAUUAAAUACUUGAUCCGGAUCCUGACUCGGAGGAGAGGCCAGCUGUACUCAGAAAGCAAACAGUGUGAGGUGGACUACACAGCUCUGAACUGCAGGCUGCAGGUCCCCCUGUUGAGGAGGUUUUGCAGUGCUGCAGGGUACGAAUGGGACUACCCAGACACCGACUACAGAGACACCCCCCUGUGCUUCCCCGAGUUCCUGUGCCGCAGACUGCUCCUCAUGGUGCUGACUGAUGGAAAGUUCAGACUCAGUCCUGCAGGUCUGGUUCGGGUCCGUCAGAGUUUGAAAACCCUGGAGCCGGUUGAUGAACUGAAGAAGGGUGCGUUCAUGCUGCGGGUUCGAGUCCUGGAGUACCGGCAGCUGGACGCAGGAGUGGAGGUGGACGUCUGCCUGAGCGCCACCUCUCGUACGGGACGUCUGGUGUGGGAGAGCGUCCUGACUCUGCUGUCAGAAAGAAAGGAACACAAAGUGGGCGGAUGUUUACUGAAGAAUGAAAACCAGAGCCAGCAGGACGAGCCUGUCCUGGAGAAUGUGAAGCAGGUAGACUUACCAGUUCCCAGGACUGCCGCUCUGCAGGGUGUCUGGUCCUUCUCUGACUCCUCCCCCUUUCGGCUCCUUUUUCUCUCGGCCUGGCUCCUCGGCAGGAUGCAGACUUCCCUGAGUCUCUGGAUGCUGUCUGUCUGCCUGGCUGAGAUAGAGAAGCACAAAGGGGUAGGAGUCAUCACAGCUCCCGUCAGCAUCACAGCCCAGUUCAUGGAGCCUCUGUGGACACCAGGCAGGGUGACGCUCAGGUUUUGGGACAGCACUGAAAGUAUCGAGGGUCCGGGGGGUCCGGAGGGUCCGGGGGGCCCGUCUUCAGCCCGAGGCGUCCGUUUCCAAAUGCAGCACCAUGAGAGGAACACGUGUCACGUGAUGGGACUGAUAUCAAAGUGUUGAUGGAGGACCGUCACAACUAGAAAAUAAAUAUACAAGUUCAAGUCCAUUUCCCAUCUUGUUGUACAACAUGCAGUGUCAAUAAAUGCAUCUAAAUGGAA